CGCUGUUUAAGAUGUGGUCCAGUUUCCUUUUCUACUCCCGGAACCCACAACCAAACUUGAACGCUCAGCCGUCUGUCAUCUUUCAGGUUUUGUUCUCAACAUUCAGCUUGCCCCGCUCUCGUUGUUUCGCCCACCAGAACCACAAGCAUGGCAGCCCAGACUGCACAGCAGGCGCCAUUGCUCAGCAAUGAGGAGCAAACCGCUGUCGGGAUUCUUCCCGCCUCACAUUGGCAGCAGCAGUCCACCGUAGAGGAUCCCAAUGAUGAUGCAGCUUCAUCCAUUGAAUCAUUCAUGUCCAGCACCGCCUCGCUGAGCUCAACCAUUUUCGAGUAUCGCACUAUUCACGGAAGAACAUACCACGGCGAGAUGGGCAAUGCUGAAUCCUGGGAGCCCAACGAUGAGCGUCAUAAGGACGCGUUGGACAUUGCUCAUCACGCAUAUACGGUAGUUAUGGAUGGAAAGCUCUACAUGGCCCCCCUCGACAAAAAGAAAGUUCAGAAGGUUGUCGAUAUCGGGACUGGAACGGGCUUAUGGGCAAUCGAUUUCGCCGAUGAAUUUCCGAAUACUGAAGUAAUCGGAACCGAUAUUACCCCCAUCCAACCCUCCUGGAUUCCGGCCAAUGUAAAGUUUGAACUCGACGAUUGCAAUAGAGAGUGGACUUGGCCCGACAAUACCUUCGACUUUGUACAUCUGCGUAUGAUGUUCGGUCUUAUCGAGGACUGGGAAGCCCUAUUUCGUCAAGCUUACCGUACCUGCAAGCCCGGUGGCUAUACCGAAAGUUUUAUCAAAUGUGGUACAUUUUUCAGUGACGACGGGUCGGUGAAGGAUGAUAGCGCUAUGGCCCAGUGGCAUAGAGUAUGGAACGCGGCCGGAAAGAAGAUGGGCAGGACGUUCGAAGUUUACGAUCACGAUCUUCAGCGGAAAGGCAUGGAGGCGGCGGGCUUUGUGGAUAUUCAAGUCCAAGAGUACUACAUCCCUGUUGGUGUUUGGCACCAGGACAAGAACCUGGCCGAAAAGGGCCUUUGGUGGAAGAUUAUGAUGGAGAGUGACCUUGAAGGAUACCUGAAUUACCCGUUCAAUGCGGUGAUGGGGUGGACUCCGGCUGAGACUGCCGUCUAUGCCGCUCACCUUAGGAAGGAGCUCAACAACCCCAAGAUCCACGGCUACUUCAAGGCGCGUUCUGUAUGGGGUCGCAAGCCAGAGUAAGAACUCUUUUGGACAGAGAGCUGGAGAAAAUCACUGGACGAGUUCUCAUCGGGUGGGAAAAUCUUUGGAUAAUCAACAACCACAUGGUGAUAUGACCUAUUCUUUGGGGGUGUUCGGUUACACGACGCCGCUACACAUCAUGUAGACUGCUUACGCAAAUGCACAUCUUGCUUUUUAUGCAUACGUUCCGGGAGGGUUCGUUUGACAUGACAGUCAAUGAAAU